AUGAAGCACCCGCUACUGUUAUUGGCAGCCUUAAUGCUGAUAUUCUCCGCCUUGUCCACCAAAGCGGAUUUAUUAGAAUGCGAUGACAGCGUACUGCCAUCGAUAUCGGAUAUGCCAAUUAUUGGCCCCAAGAUAACUAGCGAAGAGGAUAAUAGGAGUUCCAAAGUCAAGGAUGUCAUCAAAGAAUGGAGUUGUAAAUUUAAGAAGACUACUGCCAACAUUGGCGACAAUGUUCGUGAAAAGACAAAGCAGUGGGCAGAAGGUAUACGUGAAAGCUUCAAAAAGCUAAAGGAAAAAUCCAAGGACUUACACAAGAAAUUCGAAACAAAAUAUCAGGAUUUCAAGGAUCGUUUGAAUAAGGAUUCCGGGGAAUUUGUGGAGAUCAAAGAGAAAAAACUUUUCUUCAAACCCGAUGAUCUCAUAAAGGUCGAUACAUUGAAGAUAGAUGCAAGUGUUGAAUGUGGACAUGGUCACAUACUGGAUGCAUUGGGUAAUUGUAAGAAACUAAAAGACUACGAUGGUAUGAAAUGA